AUGCUUGAAAUUGCCUAUUCGAUGAAUGUGAGCAGCACAAAUGCUGCAUCUGAUGGCAGCAUUCAGAGAUCAGAGAGUAGGUUAAGUUCACAAAUUCCAGAAAUGACACCUGAAAUGGUUAAGAUGGCUUCUGACAGGAUGAGCAAUAUGUCCCUUGAAGAGGUUCAAAAGAAGUCUGAAAUUGCGUCUUCAAUGAAUCUUAAUGGUUUUCCUUCAAACCCCACAUCAGAAAAUACCACCCAGAGAUCUGAAAGUGGAUAUCAAGCAUCAACUGCUGAGGGAAGUCAUACUAUGGACCACCUUGAUGCAAGAGAAAGUAGUUCUGAUACAUUGUUUUCCAAUCCAAGAAAUGCUCAGGCGUCAUCUAGCCAUCCAGGUUCAUCUGCUGAUUUGCAGGAAACUUUGAGAAAUUCAAUGAAAGACCCAGUGAUGCGACAGAUGUUUACAUCUAUGAUGAAAAGCAUCAGCCCCUAG